AAGAACCGAAGUGACCGUGUUCAAAUUUCGUAUUAUUUAAAGAUGAUUAACAACAGAUACGACGCGGAAGGAAGGCCAUCGCGCCUGUCUCACAAGCUUCAUUCAUGCGUCGUAUUUGUCUUGACAUUCUUCAGUUAUGCGUUAUUUCACGCAACAAGAAAGACAUUUAGUAAUGUGAAGAAGACUGUCAGCUCUGAGUGGACACCAUCAUUUCAGAAUAGUUCUGUACCAAGAUUAAAACCAGAUUAUUUGUGGAAUGCACAUCAUAUGUAUGCAACAGAGAAGGAUGCAGAACCAUUCCUUGGGGGACUUGACACUGCCUUUCUCAUCUCUUAUGCUGUUGGCCUUUAUAUAAGUGGAAUGCUGGGUGAUAGAUUUAAUAUGAGACUGGUUCUGUCAUUUGGGAUGUGCUCUUCUGCACUAACAGUGUUCAUGUUUGGAGUUGUCACAGAAUGGACUCACCUGUACAAUCCAUAUAUAUACAUGGCCACCUGGAUACUGAAUGGACUGUUCCAGUCGACUGGUUGGCCUACUGUUGUGGCUGUAAUGGGAAAUUGGUUUGAAAGGUCAAGUCGUGGUUUAGUCUUUGGCUUGUGGAGUGCCUGUGCCUCUGUGGGUAAUAUUUUGGGUGCUGUGAUGGCUGCCAAUGUCCUAAACUACGGCUAUGAGUACACCUUUCUGCUGACCUCUAGCGUCCUUUUUUGUGGUGGAAUAGCCAUUUUCUUUGGACUACUCAGUUCCCCAAAGGAUAUAGGAUUACCAGUUGCUGAUGACGACAAUCCACCAACAUGUAGCAUCAUCAAUGAUGCUGAUAGAGCUCCCCUUCUAGAUGAUGAGAAUGAAGAAUGUGAGACUACAGUACAGACUUCAGCUGCAAAAUCUGUCAAAGCAGUGAGCUUUUUCACAGCAGUUUGUCUUCCCGGUGUUGCUUUGUACUCCCUGUCUUAUGCCUGUCUCAAGCUCGUGAACUACUCGUUCUUCUUCUGGCUCCCAUUUUACCUAAGUAGUGCCUAUAACUGGGAAGAAACAAAAGCUGAUCAGAUAUCAAUUUGGUAUGAUAUAGGAGGCAUUAUAGGUGGAACAAUAGCUGGAUUUAUUUCAGAUUGUGUAAGGAAGAGGGCAGUUGUUGUUAUUCCAAUGCUGAUACUUGCCAUCCCCUCGCUCCUUAUUUACAGUGCUUCCUCUGGUGAUACUGUGACAAAUGCAGCUCUAAUGUCAGUAGUUGGCUUCUUCAUUGGGGGCGUGGCAAACCUUGUUAGUGCGGCUAUAUCAGCUGAUCUAGGUCGGCAGGAGGAGUUAAAAGGAAGUAAGGAAGGGCUAGCCACUGUAACAGGUAUUGUGGAUGGCACUGGGAGUGCUGGGGCGGCCAUUGGACAGAUUCUUGUGCCUGUUAUUCAGUUAAAUCUAGGUUGGCAUGCUGUGUUUUAUGUUUUCAUCAUCAUGACGUUCCUGACAGGUGUUUGCAUUUUCCCACUUUUUCUGAGGGAGUGUAAAGAUCUCUGUACGUGCAAUCUGAGAUAUUCCUGGUACACUGGUCUCACUAGGAGGAAGCCCACAAGACUAGAGCCAGGGAUUGUGAACCAUUCAGACCCAGAGGAUGAUGUGGAUGACCCAGUGUCAUGACCUCACAUGUCUAUGAUAAUAAUCUUUGUACUGUCCUCAUUUAAACAGUCAACUGUGAUUGUGUUUCUCCAUUUUUACAUAUAGCUCAAGUAUUCAGGAAUCUUCAUCUUCAAAAAUCACAUGUAUUUAUUUCAUGAUGAUGUCUUACCAAACAUCCCUAGUGUACCAACUUACAACACGUACAUGUAAACAUUCUGUGAGGACUGUGUAAAUCUCCUGCAGAUGGAGGGACAAAAGAUACAUGUAGGUCCUUUUCCAGUAUAGGCCUAUUCACUGCAGAAUGUGUAUAUUUUCUUCAGAACUUCUUGUACAUAUUCAAAGUAAAGUGUUUUUAAAGUGGAAAAUUAACAUAAAAAGAAUGACAAAAAUGAGAGAAUGAUUCAUGCAUGUUCUCUAAAGACGGUUCUACUCACUUAAUUUCAUAUAAUGUAGGCGCAAAUUUUUUCUUAAAAUUUAGUCACAUUUCAAACGUCAAACUUAGGUGGUGUGGUAUUUUUUGGGGAUGCUGUAAUAUUUAGUAAGGGUCAAUAACUUAUAGUAACAAUUUAAAUUUUAGUCUUUGGUGUUCAUGAACACUGAUCUGUGAUAGUACAGUGCAGUAUUACAUUACAUUGAUGAGGAGAAAUGUGUUUAAUAAUCAAACAAGCACAUGUAUGUGUUGGACUUUUUAUGUUGAAAGUACCGGUAUUAUACCAAGCCAGGUGUUCUCGUUCUUAUGAAAAGUAAACUGGAACCUUGUUUAGGUGAAAAAGAAAACAGCAGACAAACACUAAAUAAGGAUCCAUGGAUACAUAAGUAACAAAGUAUAUCAGAAACUGAGAGGUCAAAACUAAGAAGUAGAAAAUUCAGUUUCACGUCACUGUCUGUUCUCAGAUUAUCAGUAUCAUGUGAGGUACAUCAGGCCAACCAUGCAACCCAGAAUUUACCAGCACAUCACACUAAAAAGAAAUAAAAUUAGUUUUGGAUAUAAUUUUUUAAGGACUCUCCGAUGACGCCUGCGUACUAUUUUUUUCAUUAUUCUAAAUUGUUAACAAGGUUAAAAAGCCGUUGGUGAGAAAUGUAUUAAAUGGACCCACGCACUUAACCCCAAAAUUGGGUGUUUGAAGGUGGUCUACUGUGGGUUUGUAACUAAGACUAUAACCUAAGAGAUACUUUUCAUUAAAAAAUGUGCAGAGCACAGAAUGGUAGUAAAAGAUUUUAGAUUAUUUUGCUUAUUUGGGUCCAAUUUCAGCUUGUCAGCUGUAGUUAUUUAAAUUCCUC